AGGUUAUUAGCACGAGGAAUAAGAAGAAGAAAUAGACCCCCCAAAAUUCGAAUCAUAUUUUGGGCCGAAAAAGUUUGCGUACCCAAAUUCCAAUCGCAUUCUUCUGCUUCCUCUCUCACUCUUCCCGGCUCUGAAAUUGAAUCACUCUCACGGUCGCAUGACUCUUAUUCGCGCCUCCUCCACAACACUCAGGUGAAUUUCCUGAAAGGACAAAACCAGAAAUUUCAUUUCCCGCCAUGUCCCUAUCCUCAGUCCCAGCACGGCUCACUCUCCUAGCCCUCCUCUCAGCCACCACCUUCUACUGUUUCUACAAAUCACGCCGCCUCAAGCAACUCAAACUCUCCCUAAACCCUAACCCUAGCUCUUCUCCUCGCAAAGGCAAGCUCUUCUUCAUCUCCCAAACGGGUACCUCCAAAGCCCUAGCUCAUCGUCUGCUCGAUCUUCUCACCUCCAACGGCCUCGCUUUCGAUCUCGUCGACCCCAACCACUACGAGCCCGAAGACCUCCCUAAAGAGAGCCUCGUCCUAAUCAUCGCUUCGACCUGGGACGAUGGGAAGCCGCCGGCGAACGCCAAGUUCUUCUCCAAUUGGCUCGCUGAGAGCGCGGAGGACUUCAGAGUGGGAUCACUGUUGCUUUCUAAUUGCAAAUUCGCGGUAUUCGGCGUCGGAAGCCGAGCCUAUGGCGCUACGUUCAAUGCGGUGGGAAAGGACGUAGCAAAAAGGAUGAGGGCGUUGGGCGCUUCUGAGAUAUUUUCAAUUUGGGAAGGUGAUGUGGAUGGUGGUGAUAUAGACGAGGUCUUUGAGGCUUGGAGUGGGAAGGUGCUGAGGUUUUUGAAGGGUGGUGUGGCUGAAAAUGGUGGGGUUUUGAGUAAUGGGGUUGGUGCUGAAUGCGAAGCUGAGAGUUUUGAUGGGUCAGACGAGGAUGAGGAGGAGGAAGAUGAUGUGGAGUCGGAGGUUGUUGAUCUUGAGGAUAUUGCAGGUAAAGGACCUUCAAGAAGGAGGACAGUGACGGUGACCAAAACUAAUGGGACGGUGAAUGGUCAAAAAGAGAUGGUCACUCCAGUGAUUCGGGCAAGCUUAGUAAAACAGGGGUAUAAAAUCAUAGGUUCACAUAGCGGUGUCAAAAUCUGUAGAUGGACAAAGUCACAGCUUAGAGGUAGAGGAGGUUGCUACAAGCACUCAUUUUAUGGCAUAGAAAGUCACAGGUGCAUGGAGACAACCCCUAGUUUGGCAUGUGCAAACAAAUGUGUUUUCUGUUGGAGGCAUCACACAAAUCCUGUUGGAAAGAGUUGGCAGUGGAAGAUGGAUGAUCCAUUAGAGAUUGUCAAUUCUGCCAUAGACCUGCACACAAAAAUGAUCAAACAAAUGAAAGGAGUUCCUGGUGUUACAUUGGAGCGAUUAACAGAGGGUCUCUCUCCCAGGCAUUGUGCCUUAUCACUUGUCGGUGAACCUAUCAUGUAUCCAGAGAUUAAUGCACUUGUAGAUGAGCUGCAUCGGAGACGGAUUUCUACGUUUCUAGUCACUAAUGCUCAGUUUCCUGAAAAGAUUAAAAUGCUGAAACCCAUUACACAGUUAUAUGUAAGUGUGGAUGCUGCAACUAAAGAGAGUUUGAAAGCAAUUGACAGGCCACUUUUUGGGGAUUUUUGGGAGCGAUUCAUUGAUUCCUUGAAAUCUCUUAAGGAAAAACAGCAACGAACUGUUUAUCGCUUAACUCUGGUGAAAGGGUGGAAUACAGAAGAUAUUGAUGCUUAUUAUAACAUCUUUAGCAUUGGAAAUCCUGAUUUUGUUGAAAUCAAAGGAGUUACAUAUUGUGGAUCGUCUGCUACAUCAAAGUUGACCAUGGAGAAUGUGCCAUGGCAUGCUGAUGUUAAGGCUUUUUCAGAGGCCUUGGCUUUGAAAAGUAACGGGGAAUAUGAGGUGGCAUGUGAGCAUGUCCACUCAUGUUGUGUUCUCCUGGCAAAAACUGACAAGUUCAAGAUCAAUGGCCAGUGGUUCACAUGGAUAGACUAUGAAAAGUUUCAUGAUCUGGUGUCUUCCGGAAGACCUUUUGACAGUAAGGAUUACAUGGCUGCCACACCUUCAUGGGCUGUUUAUGGUGCAGAGGAAGGUGGAUUUGAUCCGUAUCAGUCUCGAUACAAGAAGGAGCGUCAUCACAGAUCAAACCAGUGACGACCAGCGAAGUCUUUUAAGUUUUUCUAUACACCCUUCCAGUCGAGUCGAUGAAAAUGUUUUUCCUGUGCCCCUACCGUGUUGUCAGCUCAGCAUCCAAUUUGGCUCUAUUAUCCUUUGAACCUAGUAGUAAUAUUUGGCGAUGUAUCCUGCCUCAGUGGCCCCUGUAUUAUUAUUGCUGAGGUUUUUUUUACUAAUUAUGUAAUUGUUGUUCGCUGGGUCAUUCUAUAAAUGGAAAAUUGUCAUCUUCCGACCCCUCCAAA